GUUGUACGAGAAAGGCCGAGUACAGCAGAAGCUUUGCGCUGUAAGCACGAGAGCGUUGCACAUUUGAAGUAGUAAAGCGACAUUGUGACUUCUAUAAGUAAAACGGAGAAAGAUGGCCGCCAUUGAGCUCUUGGAUAAAGCCAUCGCGCUCGUCGACGGCCUGCUCGCGAACGCGAAGCCAGCAGCGCCGGCACCAGCAAAAGCCCCAGCUCCGGCUCCUGCGCCUGAGGCGGCCCAGCCUGCUGCUGCCCCAGCGGCGCCUGCUCCCGCCGCAGCUGCUCCCAAGCCCGCAAAGGCGCCCAAGGCUCCCAAGGCACCCGCAGCAUCAGCACCCACUGCCGCCGCGAAUGGCGUCUCGGAGGAAGAGGCUCUGUUCAACCGCGUGCUCAUAAAGGUGGCCCAGAUCAAGUCCGUGGAGCUGCUGGCCAAUAGCGAGAAGCUGUACAAGCUGCAAGUGGACCUAGGCAACGGGGAGACCCGACAGGUGUGUGCUGGUCUGCGUCAGUUCCUCCCUGCCGAGGCGCUGCAGGGAGCGGUGGUGGCGGUGGUGGCCAACCUGAAGCCCGCCAAGCUGGCAGGGGAGGCCAGCGAGGCCAUGGUGCUGGCAGCGGAGGUGGAGACGGACGGCAAGCUGCUGGUGCGGACACUCAUCCCGCCAGCGGGUGCUGCCAUCGGCGACGUGGUGUACCUGGAGGGCGGCGCGCCCUCAGCCUCGCCCGACAAGGUGCUGAAGAGCGACCACUGGAAGAAGAUCGGUGCGGGGCUCAAGGUGCAGGGAGGCAAGGCAACCUUCAACGGCAGGCCGCUGGUGACGGCAGCGGGGCCGGUAACACUGCCGUCGGAGAUUACUGAUGGCUGUGAGAUUCACUGAGGAGAGGGAGGCCGGGAAGGAAGAAGAAAAACAUGAUUUGAAGGAUAGGACGGCGGGCAGGGAGGGAGUGGUAGUUCUGUGGAAGGUGUGCUGGGGUGGGUGAGGUUGUCUUGGAAGCUGUGGUGAUUGGAGUAGCUGCUUGCUGGGUAAUGCUAUGAAGUCGACGUCUGGAUUCUGUUUGUAAGCGUACAGCAGGCCGAGACGCUUUACGGAAACGCUGGGUGUGAAGUGUACUGCCGUAGUUACGUACCAAGCCGGCAUUGGCGGGCACCGCAACCUGUACGACGGAUUCGCCCAAUAUGGCAGGUCUUCUGCCUUUCGACAACAGAAGACGGUAUCUCGCUAAUACGAAGACAAAGCUUUAGGGCGAAAAGCUAGAACUUGAUGGUUAACAACAUUAACAACAUCGUAGCAAUGACUUGUCAAUCACCUUCUGGCACUGGCACGACAGCACUGACACGCCCCAGAAGUGCAAUAGCUUAACAAUCUAUGGUUGUUUUAUUAACCAACACCUAUCGGCUUUAGCCGCUGCAAUAGUGCCUUCCGCAAGUAUACGCCUUACACUACUAGGGUAACGCCACAGAUCGCCGCUUGCGGUUAUGUUUUUUACGCAAGUUUUACUAUAUGGAUGCUGUCGAUCCCGCAAUGUGCGGUGCCUCCUGCGAAGAGGACUUGCAGAGUCUGAGACAAGGCCACCUCUAUGGUACCAAAGCCAUACCAGCGGCCUUUGGUCUCCAUCUACCUUGCUCCCUUACCCCGAGUCUGCAACAUCAUCGCCUCUAGCUCCAGCAGCUGCAAUCAAAGAAGCCCCCCAGCAACGGGUGCCUCUGUGGUACCAAUACCAUACCAGCGGUCUUUUGCCUUCAUUUUCGUUGCCCCCUCACCCUCAGUCCGUGUUGGCAUCUCCCUUAGCGUCUGCAUUUGCCAUUAGAGAAGCCCUUCAGCAGCGCAGGCAAACCUCCACAGCCAGCAGCACUAGCAGCAGCAGCUUCCGUGGCAGCAAACAGGUCGCGCCUGAAUCCUUACAGAGGCCAGCUAAGCGUGGCCAUGGGGAGGCUGGCAGACACUCAGGGUCACAGUCGGGUCGCCAGGUCUCCAACCCCAGUAGUACAAGCAGCAGACAAACCAAACGUGUAGCAGGACACAGUGCAAAGGGCAGUGGCAGUGGCGGUGGGCAAACGGAAUUACAGCGGGGGCGCCAGGCAGAAGGCAGGAACAGGGGACCAGGCUGCAGUAGUGGCGGCCAUACCACUUUUUCCAACAUUGCCAACUUGCCCACCCUCGUGGCUGCUGUCGACGAGAAUGCGGCAGCCUUAGCGGCAGCUCGAGAUGUGGUUAGGCUUCGAGCUGCAUUCUCCACCCUUGCCAAGCUCGGCUCCCGCCCUGAUGCUGACACUCGGCUGCUGCCCCGCGCCCUCACCACCCUGGCAGCCGCCUACCUGCCACUGGUGCCGGGACUGAGGGACGCAUUCUCGUGUGUGGGCCCGCUGUAUGCCUGUGCCAAGCUGGGCUUCUGGGAGGGGCAGCUGGCGGCAGCACUGCUGGAGCGGCUGGGGCGGGAUGGCGGGGAGCUGAUGCAGCGGGCUAACGCACAGGAUCACAGCAACCUGUGGUGGUCAGUAUCAGUUGCUCCCAAGCACCUCAUAGCUCUAGCUGGAGGAGCCCUGCAAGCAAGCUCUACAUGCCUUGAGCAAAUGCGGCUUUCAGAAAUUGACUCCCAGGCUUGCUCCAACAUCCUGCUGGCAUGCGCCCGGUUGCAGCGCCGCCACGACCCCCUGCUGCACCACCUGACCGCCUGCCUGGUACAGCUGCCUGAUGCCAAUUGCCAGGACCUGUCCAACUCGGUUUAUGCGCUGGGUGAGCUGGCUGAAGACUGCGGCCACAAGCCCCGGGAGCAGGACCUGCAGCGCCUGGGGGGUAGGGUGUUGGAGGGGCUGCAGCAGCAGCAGGGCAGCGGGCGUCAAGGCGGCAACCAUGGCAACCAUGAAAGCUUCACACCACAGGCCCUGUCCAACAUGCUGCUGGGGUGUGCCAAGCUCGGCUUCCCGGACCCUUGCUUCCUUCUCCCCUUGGUGGCUGCACUUGUGCGCUGCAGCCAGCUGGCCAGAGAACAAGAGCUGGCCAACUCGUUGUAUGCACUGGCUGUGAUGGGGUGCACAGGACCCCAAUACACCUCGAGUGUGAAACAGCUGUGUGCAGAGGUGCUGCACCGCCUGCACAGUCACCCUGAUCAGUUCAUUCCUCAGAAUCUGUCCAACAUCUUGUGGGCCCUGGAGCGGCUGCGGCCAGAUGGCAAGGAGGCGCUAGUGCAGGCCCUGGCAGCCGAAUGCAGAAGCCGCAAGUUCAAUGGCUUCUUGCCUCAGCACUUCAGCAACACUGCCUGGGCGCUGGCCAAGAUGGGUUACAGCGACCAGGCCUGGUACGAGGCAGUUGUCACAGCAGCCAGUGCCCCAGGCGCCAUGCAAGGGGCAAGCACACAAAACUGGGCAAACCUGUGGUAUGCCCUUGCAUUGGUGCGGCACAGGCCUCCAGACUCCUUCAUGGAGGCUGCGGCACGGGACGGACUUCCCUGCGCUAGUCCACAGGAGUGCGCCAACCUGCUGUGGUCCCUGGCCUCUCUGGGCCUGUACGAUCA